AUGAGUGAAACACUAAGUCAAGACCCAGACGGGCUUGGGGCGGCGUACACCACCCUGGCGCCGUCCUAUCCUCCCACGCCGGCCACUCCGAGUUCCACAGUGCAGGACGUACCCUCCGGGGCUAACCUGCCACCUUUUUCCACCUUCUCCUCGGAUAUGGACUCCAGUGGAGCGUUCAGUUCGGUAUCGGACCGGUUGUUCAACGACACCCGCCUCCUAGACAUAUCAAACUGGGACUAUUACACCGAGACCAGGCUGUUGGACAGGGGCGAGAACGGUCUGUCCAUUAUCACCUCUCAGCCGCAGUACCGUCCUUGGGAGUCAAAGCCUGUGGACGCGGCGACGUCGUCGUAUUCGGUCACCACGCCGGUAAACACGUUCGCCGACGCCUUCGCACAACAGAAUGGCGCCUCCAAGUUACCCUCCUUUCAGUCGCAGUUCCAGACUUUCAACGAUCCCGUGACGACCAGCGAACCCACCUUGACCACCCUGACGAACCUCACCCCCAUAUCACCAAAUUCCUCUUCUAGUCCAAGCCACAGCUUAACCACUCUCAAUUCCAAUUUUCACACCUUAAGUGCUGUUAACCCGCGCUAUCCCCUGGUGCCCGCUCCAAUCCAAGCCAGAGAGAUCCCUUCGAUCCAACAGCAGUUUUUGGACGAGAGACACAUCCAACUGUACUCCCAUCCCCCGACCAACAUAGCUCUGAACAACACCCUGCACCCUGCUACCUUUCUCAACAGCCAGAACGGUGCCAUAAUCCAGAACAAUCAGUUGAUCUCCUCGCCGACGGUAGUUACUGUGUUAAAAUCCGAAUCCGAUAUCAAAUUAACCACCAACCUUUCCACACUCCACCACCAAGAGUCGUUGAAGCUGCAGAACGUGGGUUUGCAUCCCACCCAGUUCCAAAACCCCAUGACUCAGAUCCAGAACAGUGACAGUGGUCUGUACAACGGUAUCGAGAAAAAGAUCAACGGCAACCUGACGUCGCCGACGAGGAACGACUUCCGUAAGAAAGAGCGCAGGAAAAUGCGGGCCUCCAGCCUGGAGAGCAGCGUCGACAGCGACGGGGCCUCCAGUAACAUGGAGAUCGGGUCGGAGAAUUCGGGUCAGGUGGCAGCCAUCUCCAGCACGGCGGGCUUCAAAGCCCACCAGAUGCACGUGAAUAGUUCGGUAGACAUGGACACAGACAUUAGUGGCGGAAGCGUGGACAAGCAGGUGAAGAAGAAACGGAAACGAUGUGGCGAAUGCAUCGGAUGCCAGCGGAAGGACAAUUGCGGUGAUUGUGCUCCGUGCAGGAACGACAAGAGCCACCAGAUCUGCAAGCAGAGGCGGUGCGAAAAACUUACGGAAAAAAAGAAUCUGUACCAAGACGGUUUCCUUCGAGGUGAAUCUAGGAGAGGGAGGGGGAAAGGCAGAGGCGGAGCGAGCUACCGUGGACGGAAACCCAGUGGCGGCGUGGCACCCACUAGCAUCAUACCCUCCGAGACGAAUACCGCGUCCGUAGUGCCGCCCCAGCCUCCUUCCAGACCUAGUCCGCAACCGGCUACCGUUCAACAGCCUAUGCCCGUCCAACAGCAACCAAUGGCCCCAAUGCCUUUUUACGCAGAUCCGAACAGAUUUCCAACACCGGUCUGGCAAGCUGAUCCUUCACAAGGAUGGGCUCAAGGUCAAUUCAUCCAACAGAUACCGGCCACCGGUCAACCUAUAGAAACGUACCAGCAAUAUCCCAACGGUAUCUACCAAACGACCUAUCAGCAACCCGCAUUCGAGGCUAACACUUUUUAUACAGGCGCUGUUCAGGUGUUGGCAAAUCCUAGACCGCCCAGCACACCAAACCAGCAGGCCCCGCUAGCUCCUCCAAGGCCGAAUUCGAAUUACUCUCACACCCCUAGUCCUAGUCCUGCAGCGCAACAACAGCAGCAGCAGCAAGCAGGAGGUAAUAGGCAGUACCAAGAGUACAACAUGUCACAACAGCAGACGCAGCAACAGCAAAAUACCCAACAGAGUUUUAUUCCGCCAGCGACAACACCUACGGGGAAUGAAAAUUCGCAGACGGGGAGUAACUCUAGACCAGGAUCAGUGAACAACAUUAUUAAUCCUCCUACCCCAAAUCAGAAUUUUAACCAGCAAACUAGCAACACGCCGUUCACUACGAUGGGCAAUUUCAGCCCAAACUCUUCCGCUAAUUACGCUAACGCGAAUUCGGGAAACGGUCAGCCUGGGUAUCCACAAGUGAACAGCAGCAGUCCGCAGCUAGUUUCACACAACUCUAGUGGUUACCCAGGCCAGGAUCAAUACAGCGGACAAAACCACCAGUGGCAAAACGAAGGGCAGUUGAUGUGGGAGCAACAACAGACCUUCUCUCAAGCAGAUAAGGUGAACUUAAACACUCGCAUAAAAACGAUGAUAUUAAACAAGCAGCAAGAAGCUAAAUCCGAAGAGUCCAAGUCAGUAGAACAAAAUACUACCGGUCAUUUUUUAUGGUAUAGCCACCAUCAUCACUUAACGAAAGGCUUAAGUGUUGAUGGUGGCCCCCAAAACUUAAAGCACGAUCUCAAUACAUUUUCCGAAAAAAACACUACUAAACAAGUGGGCAUGGAAAUACCAAACUGUAGUUGUUUUCCUGUCGAUCAGGCACCUCCAGAACCAGGAACUUAUUAUACCCAUCUAGGGUGCGCCAACAGCCUUCAGAGUCUGAGGUACGACUUGGAAUGUAGAACAGGAGUUAAGGGAAGUGCAAUCAGGAUAGAAAAAGUUCGCUAUACUGGAAAGGAAGGGAAAACUUCUCAUGGCUGCCCUAUUGCUAAAUGGGUAAUUCGAAGACAACACACUGAAGAGAAAUAUCUGGUCGUAGUAAAACAUCGCAAAGGACAUUUCUGCCGGUCAGCCUUCAUCGUGGUCUGUUUAGUUGUGUGGGAUGGAGUGGACAGAAACAAUGCCGACGAGUUGUAUUCCCUUCUCACAAAUAAAUUGAACAAGUUCGGACUACCGACCAAGAGAAGGUGCGCCACGAAUGAACCCAGAACGUGCGCUUGUCAGGGUGUUAACGAGGAAACUUGUGGGGCCAGUUUUUCUUUCGGCUGUUCCUGGUCCAUGUACUAUAACGGCUGUAAAUUCGCGAGAUCGAAGGAAGUACGCAAGUUUCGUAUGGCGGAGAAAAAUGAGGAAAUUGAGAUGGAAGAGAAGUUGCAGUCGCUGGCUAACCAUUUGAGCCCCAUGUAUCGCUGUUUGGCGCCGCAGUCCUUCAAAAACCAGUGUCUCUUCGAAAGCAUCGCCUCGGAUUGUCGACUGGGAUUUGGAUCUGGCCGCCCGUUUUCGGGAGUCACGGCCUGCGUGGAUUUUUGCGCGCAUGCACAUAAGGAUCUACACAAUAUGAUCAACGGAUGCACCGUAGUUGUUUCGCUAACGAAACACAGAACUUUGACAAAACCGGCCGACGAGCAACUUCAUGUGUUGCCUUUGUAUGUGGUAGACGAUACUGAUGAGUUCGGAUCUAGGCAAACUCAGGAAGACAAAGUUGGGAGUGGAGCUAUAGAAGUCCUGGAAAAAUAUCCCUGCGAAGUUCGGACAUGUUCUGUCCCCGCCGAAACAUGUCUGCGACGAAAUCGGAAAAACCAAGACGGAAGUGGUAAAAGGGGCAGGAGGAAAAAUUCUUCCAGACCGUCUUCUUCCUUAGGAAGCUCAACCUUAGGUAUUCAUUCACCCACAGCAAGUUACAACGGUAACACCGAAAUACAAAAUGGUCAAGUCUCAAGCACAGUAUUAGAUUAUCCGAACAGGUCCACUUGGAGGUACGAUAACUUCUCUGAUAAUAGUAAUUUUUUGUAUUCGAAUAGAGCCGAUCCAUUAAUGAAUAGUAAAGGCAGUUUUCCUCACAGCCCGACCCCGACCCUUCCUCGUUUUUCGUUUUUCAAAACCCCCUUUUCCCCGUCUACGAAUCCUUUCAGUACUCACUACUCCCAAAACGGUUACCUGCGAGAUGAUUACUAUUCUUCUUCUAACUAUUACUAUACCCCUAGCAUAUUUCAGAGUCCCGCUACUCCCCAUUUAAAUCAUUACGCUGCCGGUCAGUUCUCCAAUUAUCCAUCUUACAGUGUAUCCAAUCCCUUCGAUGACGCUUACACGAACAAUACGCUACCAUUCAGUGAAAUCGACACGUACCAAUUGAAGAAUCCCAAACAGAAGCAUGUCGACAUAUCGUAUACCGACAAUAAGGAGUGUUUCCAGGAUUCCGAGAUUGGCGGCGUGUCAAUUGCAUUGCAGCAUGGCAGCGUUUUAUUCGAGUGCGCUAAACAUGAACUGCAUGCUACCACUGCUCUUAAGAAUCCUAACCGGCUGUCUCCCACCCGUAUUUCUCUAGUCUUCUACCAGCAUAGGGGCCUGAAUAAGGCUCAGCAUGGCUUGGACGAGUAUACUGAAAAAAUGAAACGUAAAUUAGAGACCAGCGGCCAGUCGGACUUGGAGAAGUCCGACUCGGCCGAACCCGAUCCCCGGCUAGAAUGUAGCUUUGGUAGUUUAAGAGGCGACCGCGAUUUUUGGCCUCGCGCACCCACACUACCCACAGUGUCUUUGACCACGAUGUUUCCAAUGUAUCCCUGUAUCGUUACAGGUCCUUUCCAAGAGCAGUUGUCCUCUUCGUUAGUAGGAGACAAACCCUGAGAUGUUUUCGCUUCCAACGGUUAUUAUUUCUUGUCCUUAUCGCAAGACUGCGCUUUCGCUAGUCUCAGAUUUCCCAGUUGCGGACUCAUCUCGUGACCCAGAUGAGAAGAGAUGAAUUUUACGAAAGCUAUAUCUUCAAAAUUCCUCGGGCGACACUUUAGGCUGCCGAUUCAAAAGACUGAAUUUUAAACUUAAGGUAUAAAAUUUGUGUGAGCCCUGAAAACUAGUUGGUGCAGAUUUAAUACUACUGUCAACCGAUGAAAAACGUGGACUUGCUGCUUAGCUACAAAUCUGGUUAUUAUGAAUUUCAAAAUUUUCAAUCUCACUUAAACCGUUGCACUUACCGAUAUGUAAAUAAAAGCAAGUUAGAAUGAUGGUAAUAUAUUUCUACUCGAAAAUCUGAAUUAAUAUUUUUAUGUAAUUACGUGCCUCCUAUUUCACAAACUGCUUUAAAUAUGAAGAAGUGAAACAAUGUCAUUGUUGUGACCGCAACGAUUUAGAUAUACCUGGUAAUAAGACAAAUUUACAUAGGUACUCUAUAUAAACCUACAACAAAUAUUACAUAAGCGUCCAUCUUUUUCGUUUUGUAACUGUAGCGUUAAAAGCUGUACCGUUAAUUUCAGGGAUUUAUUUAUAGAAACCGCAACAGGGUUAGCUAAAUUAGUAUGUUAAGUUUAAAAUAAUCAUCUUUUACGCUAACAUCUUUCAUCUGGGCCAUUCAAUUGAUACCCUUACUGCCUGCACCAUGCGAAAAAUUUAGACGGUAGUCUCGUACGUUUAUUUGCAUGGACUGUUCCGUUAAAUUUGUCUAUUUAGGUGGUAGGUACUAGGGCGCAACGGUCUAAAUUUUUGUAAAAUAACAUUAUCAGUGCCUCUAUGAUCUCAAAAAUACGACACAGUUCACAAAUUCACUCAGAGUACAAAUGUAAAUUCCGCGCUACCAAAUGUCUGGUGGAUUUAUUUGAAUCCACCACCGACCGACCAUGAGAAUUGGUCACAAGUCAUAGAAGUAUAAUUUAGUAUAGCUAUUUAUUGGUUAAUUUAUGUUUUAGCUAGUUUAUAUUGUAAAUUUUGCGUUUUAAAUGAUUUUAUUGACUGCUAUUAUUAAAGCUAAUUGAAUAUUAAUUAUCAAAUUUAUUCAAUUAUCAUCGAGUUGAUUUUAUAUGUAUAUAAUUGGAAAAUAUUUAUAGGUGGUGAGUACAGUAAUUUGUUAUACUGGGUGUGGUUUUCGCGAUGGAUUUUUGCAGGAAUUUUUGUCGUUCGAUCGUUUUAUAAGUGGGUAAAAUUUAUAAAUUGUUCUGCGUGUAAUAAUCAAAGUAAUAUUUUAAAUAAAUUCCUUUCCAAGAUAAGAAAAUCAAAAACAUAUUCUGAAAAUAAUACAAAAAAAAACUUGCAUAACUAGGUACUAUCAUAUGCAAAUAUAUAGAGUUCUCUCUUGCGAUCGCGUUCAUCUCAAUAACUACGGAGCGAAAAAAUUUGCAAAUUUUAUUCAAUUCAACGAUUUUGCGCUUCAUUUCUUAAAAACCUCUGGGUAUUUUUCUGUGGAAUUUUGAUAUAAGAUAUCAAGACGUACGUAUGUUAUUGUGGUAUUUUUUCACAUAUUUUUGGUACCAACAGUAUAUAAAAGAUAUACAAUAUGUAUUUUUAAUCUAAUUUGUCGAUAACUCUUAAAAAUUACUGAAAGCACGUCUUGUUGAUAUUUCCAAAUUAUUUUCCUACAAAUUUACAAAUAUCACGUAAACCAAACUGAUAAGAAUUUACGUACACAUGAAUUGCCACCAGUUUUAACAAACUACUAAAGCACUAACAUGUUAAAGUACGAUCUUGACCCGGGCUGGCUUGUCCGUCGAUCGCCGUAUGGAGUUUCCUCGCCCACAGUGUCCCUCCGAUGUAACCGAUAGUCGUCUUCAUAUUCACUUUUAAACCAUUGAAUUGUUUUAAAACAUUUUUUAGAAUAAUAUUUUUUUACUUCGAAGUUUAGGUUGCGAAAAGAUGUUUUGCCUUAUCUUUAACAAUAACUGAAUGCCACGUACAAAGAACAUAAAUCUUCAAAUUUUAUUAAAAUUUCUCACAAAUGGUGGUUUCCGAAUAACUAUUUGAAUGUGGAAAAUCGUGAAAAUGUGUACCUACCUAAACAAUUUUUUCGCUGCGCGGAUUUUGAGAUAAACGCAAAGUAUGAUGACGCAAUUCUUUUGUAUCUGAUAGUAGAUAUUAUGUAUAUUUCAUUACCAUAUUUAUAUUUCAUACUUUUGCCUAACUGACAUUUAACAUUUUCGAAUAUUUUUUAUUUGGGAAGUACGCCCACGUACUCUGGCCGUCGCACACUAGAACGAUUGUAAAUUUCGUCCAUCUGUUUCGAUUUGUUAGACGCCGUUUUGUAAAGUUUGUGUACGGCAAUAAUUGUGUGAGAACGGCCCCAAAAGACCUGCAGAAGCCAUUUUUUUUUAAUGGAUUGUAAUAUUGAUGUGUUACCCUGAGAAAAAAAAUCGACAUGAGAUUUUAGCGUGUUGUUUUUAAUGUAUAUGUAUAGAGAUGGUUUAUUUGAGGAGUUAGUCCACAGUUUUGCCUUUCAUAACCGUGCUUCACGUGAAAAGGAUCUAUUUUUGCUACCGUGGGCAUAGGGUAAAGAUUUCAUUAUUCCUUGAAGAGAAUUGUUUAACGCGCAGAAAUGUCAAAGCCGAAGCGUAGGAUUGUGCUUAGAUUUGACGUUUCCGUUUCAGAGGCCAUACAAUGUUACUUGUACACGAUAUUUAUUGUGUGCAUUUAUCUUUUGUAGUUUUAAAAAUAUAUUUUUGACAAAAAGAGGAAAGAUAAUAUUUAUAAAAAGCCUACGAAAUAAAUUAUUGUAUAGUGUUAGUAAUCCCAGUCACUUCUUCGAAAAUAAUAAUUUAUAAGGAUGUUAAUAAUGAAGUAAUUGAUGCCAAAUAUAUAAAAUAGAUAUUAAAAAAAAAAUUGUAUUUAUUAUUUUAUACAGUAAAUUUCUUCCAGGCCAGUUUGGCAGCCACACUUUUUUAUGUAAUAUAGGUUAGCCUUUUCUAUAGCACCUUAUUUAUUUAUUUAUUAAUUCGCCUGCUGUACGCUUUCUCUACGCAAAAUUUACCAGUUCUCUCGCUUUACCCAAAAAAUUCAAACUUAAUAAUAGAUUACUGAAUAAAUGUUGUGCAAUAAACAGUUGACAGUAUUACCAAUCUUUUGCGUAGGGAAGGCGUACAACAGAAAUUUUAUAAUCUAAAUCUAGUAUUAAAUAAAAAAUGUAUAUAUUUUUUACACAAUUUUUAGUAAAUGUAUUAACGGAAAAACCAAAAAGCAAUCUUUGAAAUACUUGUACAUAGCUCCUGAGUGACCCUUCCAUCCAAUUCAGUGUAUCGCUGUCGCUCAUCUCAAAUGUCAUCGAAUCGAAACUCAUCAAAUCUCUUACAAAAAAAGCAAUACUUAUUAAUAAAAUUCAUAUCACGGUGGAAGUGUCUGCUCAAACUGAAAAUGUCUUUUUAUUAUUAUACAUGAAGUAAUCAUUUGUAUUUCUAUAGUUAUAGACUUUUUUAGUUUAGAAUUAAGAGACAAAAUUAAUAUGUGUAUCGUCUUGUGAAUACAUUUAUAUAAUAUUA